CUCAUGCUUUAAUAUACCUACUUAUCACCUGCAUCCUGGAAAAACCUUAAUGUUGGCUAAUUUUGAUUUUGUUGACAUAAAUUGAAAGAAGCUCUUACUGUUCAUGUGCUGUGCAUGCUUCAUGAGUCGAGGACCAAUUUAAUGAUUCACAAUACCCUGUGAAUGUUUGAGGGGAUAUGAUGGAUCUACAAAAUUAACCAUAUUUAACAUUACUGGGAAAGUUUAAGGUUUUUCCAGGACGUUGAUGUUAUGUCAUUUCGGCAUCUACAAUUUGCAUGGUAAUAAUAUGCACUUUCCUCUGACUCUCCUUGUCCUGCUGGAUUGCUGCUGUGUCCUCAGUAACCUUUAUCCUCCUCUCACACAUACUAUAUGAUGAGGGUUCUCACCUCUAGAUACACUGUAAAAGUAUCCCAUGUGGUUGAUGAUGGGCAGAAGAGAUGACAGGUGCUCCAGGGAGCAGGGUCAGCCAGCCAUGUCCUUCUGGAGGUCUGAUAUGUUAGGAGGCAUUGUGACAGUAACACCUCCCAUGGUGAAACAGCUUAGCAUUACAGUAUGUGGAUACCCUAGGCUCUAUGGGAAUGAUGGGUAGUAGUGAGUCCCAUUGCCAUCCUUAGGAUAACAGAAAUGCUAAAAGUUGAUCUUUCAAAACACACAUUUAAACUCUUUUGUAAACAUUUUGGAAGUAUAGAUCAGAUUUUAGACAGCCAGCCUUUUAGACAUCGAGCCUUGAAAAAUAUAAUUCCUGAUAUAUAGCUACAUUUAGUCUGCCCUAAAACAGUAGAUGAACAAUCACAGACAUAAAGAAGUAACCCCAACCCUAGCAUAUUUCACACAUCCCCCAUCAGACCAAGGCCCUUUGGCUUCUGAAGCCUUAUGCACUUGAGCAUGAGCUAGACGGUCGGCGUGACAACCCAGAUGAUUUAUUAGAGGUUAGCAACUAAACCAAAGGUCGACGAGGCAGAUCAGCCAAUCAUUUCAAAGUGUCAAGCAUUCAGCCUCUGCUGAAUCAGACUGAAGACGAGACGUCCCACAGCAUUCCCACUAGCAGCCCAGGGGAUCUUAGCUCUUAGAUAUAGCUGCUCUCCAUGUCAAAGAAGACUUGAGGAGAGUAUGUAAAUAGGAUGUGGGAUAUUGUGUUAGUGUGUGUGUGUGCGCGCUUGUUCGUGUGUAUUUUUGUGUGGUGUGUGCGCGCAUGCAUGCGUGUGUGUGUGUGUACAUUAUGUGACUGUAAUUUACUCAUACUGUAUAACUGCUUCAACCCAUUACAGAUGUGUAACAUUCCUUACCUGAGCACCAGACUGGAUCUGCUGACGACUCUGAGAGAGCUUCCCAUAAGCAUGGAGGAUCUGCAGCCACUGAUUAACCAGAAGAUCAGGAUGUGCACGCAGUUAUACGGCUCCAGGURGUUCGUCUCCGUGCUGGAGUACCUGCUGUCCAUCGGCAAUUACCUCAAKGAGAACGCAGGGAAGGGAAAGGCCAAGGGAUUCCGCCUCUCCUCUUUAACUAAACUCUCCCAGCUCCAUGGGACAGACAGGAAGUUCACCUUGCUGCAUGCCCUUGUGGAGCAGAUCAUGUUGCACGAAGCCGGCUUGGCCACUUUUCCCCAAGAGUUGGCGGAAUUCGAAACUGUCCCUGGAGCUUCCAUUAAAGGUCUCACUGCUGAAGUGGAUGUCCUCAAGAAUGAGUUACAAAAGGUCAUUCAGUACAGGAAAACCUACAAGAGAAGAAACCAAGGCGAGCAAUACCCAAAGUUUUCCAAAGACCUGAAGAUGACAAUUGAGAAGUACAACACAGAUCUCUCCCUGCUGACAAAGAGGUUGAGAAUGAAGAAACUCUACACUGACAUAUUGGUUAAAUUCGGAGAGCCAAUGGAUCAAGAUUCUCAGGAGCUGUUUGGAUUGGUGUGCCAGUUUGUCAACGACUUCAAGAGGACACAUGCUGAAAUCAGAUAACAAUAUUUGCUGUCCUUGAGAUACUAUCUAUGUAAAUUCAGCCAGUCUGAAUAGAAUUGAGUUAUAAUUUGUGUACCACACAAGCUGUGCUAUUUCAGUAGUAACAAAACCCUGGCAUUCUACUGAGAAACAUAACUCACAGCUGUGACUAAUAUUGUGAUCAGGCGGCUAGACUUGAGUAUUGCAAUUUCAGUAGGAAAACAUUUUAGUGUAUAGUACUGCUGAAAUUAGAACAAGUCUACACUGAGUGUACAAAACAUGCUCUUACUAUGACAUAGACUUACCAGGUGAAUCCCAGGGGAAAGCUCUGAUCCUUUAUUGAUGUCACUUGUUAAAUCCACUUCAAUCAGUGUAGAUGAAAGGGAGGAGACAGGUUAAAGAA